AUGUCGAAUCGUGGAUGCAAACGACACUUCAAAAAUUGGGUUUCUCAUCGACUUCUCAGCCGCUCCGCAACCACCGCCUCCUCCAUAGCCUCUCUCCGCCACCUCCCUCUCUCUCCAAAAUAAUCAAGCUCUUUUCUCUCCAUUACACCUCUCUCUCUCUCUCUCUCUCUCUCUCUCUCAAGAAAUCACCAGAUCUGUUGCCCAUACAGAAGUUGUAUCAACUCCAGCAGAUCCACCUCUCAAGGUAAAAAACUCUCACGAGCCUGAAUUUGAGCUUCGAGCCUGAAUUUGGCUUGGUUCGGCUCAUUUAAGUUUAAUGAGCCCUAGCGAGCCGAACCCGAGCUUUGAAAUUUUUUAACAAGCCGAACUCGAACUACAUAGUCCAGGCUCGAAUCUAGCCCAAGCCAAACUCGAGCCUGACCUACACCUUAUCGAACUGAUCCCGAAUAUCACAAGGUUAGCCUCGAUUCGGCUCGUUUACACCCUACUAGUGAACGAGGCUCAAGGUCCGAACAUAUAUCGUGGAUCUUAGAUUUAAUUUUUUACUGUAUUUUACUUAUUAAGGAUAUACUGUACAACUGUUUUGCAAGUGUGUUCUUAAAAUCAAAAUUGAAAGUCGAAGAAACGCAGCUAGCUAAUUACCCUCGAAGAAACGAAGGGGUGAGUGGAAGGAAGAAAUGGGAAGGAGGAUACUGAACAACGCGUUGAGCACGAUUGUGAACGCCGAGAAGAGAGGGUUUGACACUGCUCAACUCAAACCCAUUUCCAACGUCAUGGCUGCUUUCCUCAACAUUAUGAAAUACCGAGGAUACAUUAAAGAUUUCCAAGUACAUGAUCCUCACCGAGUUGGGAAGAUAACUGUGGAACUCCAAGGAAGGAUCAAGGAUUGCCGAGCUCUCAUGUAUAGGCAAGACAUUAAGGCCCAAGAUAUUGAGAAGUACAGAUUCAAUAAGCUUCCAACACAUCAGUGGGGCUAUGUCGUGAUUACCACACCAAAUGGAGUUUUGGAUCAUGAAGAGGCAAUCCGACAAAAUGUGGGUGGUCAGGUUCUGGGGUACUUCUAUUGAGUAUUUGUCGGAUACAUUUAGCAGGUGGCAAGCUUUGUUUUCCUUGACUUUUACUUUGUACAAGAGUGUACGUCCCCUUCUAGCAGUGGGACAAUUCAUUAUAUGACUCAAAACUUCUCUUGUUAUACCUCCUAGGGUUCAAUUCCUAAGGAUUAUUUUCAUAUGCGGACACGGUGUUGAUUCAAGUUUCAUUCAUCCUUUAUGUUGAGUCUAUUUAGAUAUAUGACGCCAGAUGUUUGAUUCUUGAAUAAAUUUGUAGUUUUGACA